AGCUGCAGCCUCAGCCGGCUCCACAGCCUCUAUAACUAGAGCAGGACAGAACUACCACUGCAGACUGCAGGGCGCAACUGUAGGAGAAGAGGACAGAACUACUAGGAGCGGUAGAGAGGAACGGACUCACGGGGAAAGACAAAUUCAGCAGGAAGCAGCAACACCUGGAACACAACUCUGAGACCAACUCCAAACAACCCUCUCACUGGAUCACUUUGAGCUUUUAUUUCCAAUUGAGACGAUUUGGAAACAAAGAGUUGAGAAAAGUAAGUUGGACUGUAAGAGGCGUGUUGGAGAUCAGGAGGGAAGAGAAGGACAGUUUAGGACUUUGGAUCUCAGUCAUCUUGGGUUUUUUUUCCCCCGUCCUCUCUGUUUUAACAGACCAUAAACCACCUGGAUUGACCUUUAACCACUCUUGGGUUUCUUCAUUUUUUUUUACCCCCUCCAGCCUGGAACCUUGGAGAGAGUUCUCUCUCUUCUGGGGGGGUCGGAGGACGAGACUGACCAGACGUACAGCGGGACAACAGACUUCGUCCAAGAUGUUGUGGUCGAGGAGAGUCGUCCAGCAGUGGUGCUUCUCUGUGUUCUUACUGUGUUCCCCUGUUCCUCACUACGGACGGCCAAUCGAUGGGCUCGCCAACAGGAUGAAGCGCUCGGUGACCCACGCCCAGCUGAUGCACGAUAAGGGCCGGACGCUGCAGGAUUUCAAGCGUCGCAUGUGGCUCCAAGAGCUGCUGGAGGAGGUCCAUACGGCUGAGAUCAGGGAGCUGCCCGCCCGCCCGGUGGUCAGCAGCGGACUGGGGCUGGGACUACCGGGUGCCGGGGUAGGGGUCAGCCUGGGAUUGGGCACCACUGGGGGUACCCUGCACCCCCACCCCAAACCUCCAGGGGGCACCAAAAACCUUCCCAUUAACUUCCAUAUGGAGGAGGAGGGAACCAACCUGCCGCAGGAGACCAACAAGUCCCAAACAUACAAAGACAAAGACGGGGCGCGGAGGGCCAAAGAAGGGAAGAAAAAGAAAGGGAGGGGGGGGAAGAGGAGGGAGGGGGGGGAGAAGAGGAAGAGGCCGGCGCGCUCACUGGGCUGGGCGCAGGAAGGGGAGGAGCCUGGGAAUGGGUACCACCUGGAGUGGCGAGGGCCCUUCUUCGGCCUGAGGGGGGCGCUGCACUAGAACACUGUCACACUCUGACUAAGAAACCCUAAGGACAUUCAGAUGAACACCCAGACACUCCUGUUACAGGGUCCUGUGAUAGUGAUUGUUGGUAAACACCCAGACACUCCUGUUGCAGGGUCCUGUGAUAGUGAUUGUUGGGAAACACCCAGACACUCCUGUUACAGGGUCCUGUGAUAGUGAUUGUUGGUAAACACCCAGACACUCCUGUUGCAGGGUCCUGUGAUAGUGAUUGUUGGGAAACACCCAGACACUCCUGUUGCAGGGUUCUGUGAUAGUGAUUGUUUGGAAAGUAAAAUAAGGAAAUAUUUAUUUUCAGUAAAUAUUGUAAACGCACCAGACUAGUGAUAAUGACGAAGACAAUAAAAAUUACAGACGCUCGCUCUGCGGAGCAACAUAAUUUAAUAAUUGUGAAAUCCUUCCUGUUCUGUUUUGUUUUGUUAGGACUGUGCCAAUUAUUAUUAAUGACAGAUUUUGCUGUAAUUUAUUCUUGUUUGAAUCAUGUAUUUAUUUUGUACAUGUAUUGAGGUGCUGCUGACCUUCUAUAUUUUUGUACCAUAAUGCACUUUUAGAUUUAUAAAUAUAUAUAUAUAUAUAUAUAUAUAUAUACAUACAAGUAAUUUUGUUAAUUUACUUUUUGUGGUUGAUUGAAAUGAAGAAAACAUUGUUGGUCAUUCCUCCGUGUUAUCUAGGCUCCUUCUCUGCAUGGUUCUAUAAUGAUCACAUGAUAAUGAUCACAUGACUCGUCUGUCCGCUCUGACUGGCCCACAGACGUCUAAUCUAGUUGGCUGUUGACCAGGGGCGUGUUCAAUAGGCACACUAUGGAAAAAAAUAGGAAAUCCCAAAAAAAUUGCAUUUCUAAUUGGACUAAAGUCCAGCUAGUCCCUCCCCGUUCCAGAUGGUUCUCUUCAGUUCGAUACCGAACGAACACAACCCAGGACGACCCACGCAGCUGUCCUCAACCCCUGACCCCUAACCUCUGUACAUUGUGCUUCAACUCCCCCCUCCGUCAGUUGGUCCACUGGGAACCACCUUGUCUUUCUCCUGUUAUGCUUCUGAAUGCUGUCCUAAGUUCAAAGUUCACUCGGCCUGUACAUAACCUGAACACAAUGCAACAACUUCACAUCGUUGUUUGGCACUUGCACUGAGAGACUACCCUAUAUUGAAUGGAUUAAACAUUUGACAGUA